AGAUAUCUAUCUGUCUCCAGAUGCAAUUAUACAGUGCAACUCUAAAGAAUGGACAUAAAAUAGUGCUAUUUAUAAGGGGUGUUUUUGCAUGAAGAUCGUUGGAAAGGCUUGUUCUAGGCUACUUAGCGACAGAAACAGCAGCGGCAGAAAGAGAGGCGAGAGAGAGAGGGGUGUUGGGUAAAUGAAAGUGGGUGGGCCUAACGCGAACACACACACUACCAACUUCGAUCAGGAUACAUUUAUGCAAACACUUGAUUUUUCUUCUUCCGUUAAUAGAAUUUUACGCGCGACGGUCGUUAAAGUGUGUUUUCGGUUGGUUUUGAGGGGCUUCGGGCGCGGACAACGGACUCUUCCCCGUUAUAACGGGAGGUUUGAUUGUUGCUCGAGCUUGGUACCGCCCUUCCUGGCGGGUGGGUGGUUUCGGUGCUAACCGGAGCGACGCCACAGCCCCAGCGCGAGCCAUUCGCGGAGAAAAUAGGCCGUCCUUCCCCGGUGCUUCAGCCGGCCUUUCUCCCGUAGCCUCUCCUCUCCGGUUUAUGAAUGCGUUAUGAGUGAUCAGAAGACUGAAGUGUCAGGAUCAGAAGAAGGGAAACCAGGCAAGAAAGGCAAACGUUCCGGAUCACAGGAUUCCCAGACGUCUCCUCUAGCCCUGCUGGCUGCAACCUGCAGUAAGAUAGGAGUUCAGGGAGGAGUGGAGGGACAGGUGCAGGGUGGACAGUUCCAGGGUCAUAUAGUUGUCGACGCAGCAGGUAAUCAGACUCUGGUUCAGCAGCAGAUGGAACUGGUUCCUGCCCAGUUCACUGGAAACGGCUGGCAGAUCAUCACUACUGCUCCCCAAAUGGCCAAGGACACUGCCAAUCAACCCGUCGCCGUGACGCUGGCCACCACUUCAGCCAAUGACAGUGCUCCGGCAGGUCGUAAGAUGAAGGCUGUGGGCGGGACUAACACCGUAGCAGCCAAUCAGCAGGUGCAGCAGCAGCAGUUCCAGAUCAUCCAGGUGCAAAACAUGCCGUCGUCUGGGGGUGGGGUCCAAUACCAGGUGAUCCCCCACCUGCAGACGGCCGACGGCCAACAGAUCCACAUCAGCCCCCAGACUGCAUCCCUGGGGGGCCAACAGAUCCACAUCAGCCCCCAGACUGCAUCCCUGGGCGGGCAGCACAUUCACAUCAGUCCGGCCCAGGGGGGUCUACCAGAGCAGGUCCAGCUGAUCCAGAACCAAUCCCAGACCCAGGCAAUCCUACAGCCAGCCAAUCAGCAAGCCAUCCUCACUAGUUCAGCCAAUCAGACGUUGCAGCUUCGUUCCGCCCAGUCCUUCCCGUUGCAGAUGCAGACCUUACAGGGCUCCCAGACCCAGGUCAUGACUACAGUACCCAUAAACAUCGGCGGUAUGACCCUCGCCCUGCCGGUCAUGAAUAAUUUAGCAGGGAGUGGAGCCGUGCAGCUUGUCCAAUCAGCCGAUGGUAGCUUUACCGUAGCUAACGGCAACCAGCUUGUAACGACAACUGCAGCGGCGGUGUCCGGGGCAGUUACUGUUACCGGGUCGUCUGGUGGUACUAUAACAACUGUUGCCGGGGGGGAUGGAGCGUCGACAGACGGAACACAGCUGAGUUCUGUAGCCGGGUCGGACGGAGGUACGGAGAGAGACACACAGAACCAACCCAGCGACCAGGACUCUCAGAUGGUCCAGAGUCAGGCCAACGGACUGCAGGUCCAAUCAGAUCCUCCAGGGACCAUCCAGCAGGUCAUCGUGGGACAGAUGGGCAACCAGUUGUUGCAGCAGAUCCAGAUUCAGCCACAGCAGAUCACUCAGGCCCAGAUCCAGCCACAGAACCAGUUCCAGGGCCAGCAGAUCCAAACCUUUCAGUUAGGACCAGGCGGGACCCUACAGCCCAUACAAGCCUUCCAGAACCAACAGGUUCUGAUCCGAACCCCAACCCUCUCUCCGUCGGGUCAGAUCACGUGGCAGACCCUGCAGCUCCCCGGGGGAAUGUCUGUGCCCCAGCAGCUGACCCUGGCCCCUGUGGGCGGGGGGGGGUUCAUGCAGCUGGGGGGGGCUCCCCUGACGCUGAGCACAGCCCAGAUCAACCCUGGGUCGGGGGUGCAGACAGUCAGCAUUGCCGGGCUGGGCACCACUGGGGUACAGAUGCAGGGGGUACCCCUCACCUUCACUGGACUACAGGGUCAGCCGCAGGGUCAGGAGGGAGGAGUUAAGGUCGAGCCAUCCCCGGUGACGGUAACCGCGGGUAACGUUGCGGGGUCAUCGCUUAGUCCAGACCAGAUGGGUUCUGUCCAGAGUUCAUCAGACCAAGAAGGACCGCCCAGCAAGAGGCUUCGCAGGGUGGCGUGCUCCUGUCCGAACUGUAGGGCCGGAGAGGGGAGGACCAUUGGAGACCCAUCUAAGAAGAAGCAACAUGUGUGUCACAUGGAGGGCUGUGGAAAAGUCUACGGUAAGACCAGUCACCUGAGAGCUCACCUCCGCUGGCACACAGGAGAAAGACCCUUCGUCUGCAACUGGAUCUUCUGUGGCAAGAGGUUCACACGCUCGGACGAACUGCAGAGACACAGACGGACACACACAGGAGAGAAGAGGUUUGAGUGUCCAGAGUGCAGUAAGCGUUUCAUGCGUAGUGACCAUCUCUCCAAACACAUCAAAACCCACCUGAACAAAAAGGGAGGGGCUUCUCUCGCCAUCAUCACCACCGACGACAUGGAAAAUUCUAACCAGGGCUUAGGCUCCUCCCCUCGCAUCGUAACUAUGGCGACGCUCUCCCAGGACUCCGCCCCCGCCACGCCAACGGCCUCCUCGCCGAAUCAAAUGGAGGGAGAAGAGGAGGAGGAAGAGGAGGAGUUUGAGUAGUGACCAGUGACCACUUCCUGUGAAAGGAAGAAGCAGGGAGGGCUGACUUCCAGGUUGGUCUCCAUGGUUACGCCGUGGCGGUCAGGUGGUAGAUUAUUUUUAUUAUUAUUUAUUUGUUUUUGAAACGGACUCAAACAGAAGACAAAUAUGAUUGACUGAAAAUGACAAACAGACAGAGAAAUCUGAAUCUAAACUAAUAAUUGAGUCCAACAACAGUCUAAAGGUAUGAAUUUGUAGAAUGAUGUUUAAUAACAGAACAGAGGUCAGGAGAAAAGGCACAUCUGAACUCGCACUCUAUCCCCUAUAUAGUGUACUACUUUUGGCCAGAGCCUUCUGAGUAGUUUGUUAUGUUAGGAAGAGGGUGUCAUUUUGGAUAGGUUUAUUAGACUAGCACAAAACAGUUGUAAAACAUCAAGAAGAGACAUUGGGUGUGUCCCAAAUGGCCAGGGUAACCAUUUGGAACGCAACAAUCUCUAUGCACAAAGAUGUUCUGUAACUAUGGUGAUGAGGAUGAUGAUGAAACAUGAUAUGUGGCGCGGUCUAGACUGUUGACAGACAGGUGAGAGGAGCUGGGGGGGUGUGUGUGUGUGUGUGUGUGUGUGUGUGUGUUUCAACAGGACUAUAGUUCUAGUGCAGAGGAUCUGAUAAACAGAAGAAAGACAAUACAAGGAGGAAUAGACUUCUAAAAGAGUAGAAAUAAGCAGAUUUAUAAAUGAUGCAUUCCUAGAGAGAAACGCUUGGCAUUUUAAAUAUUUGUUUCUAUAAAACUACCAAUCGAGCUUUCUUUCUCCCAACAGGCUGUUUACUGAAAGCAAUACUAUAAGACAAUCCUAGUGAAACCAUGUUUACAUUAAAGAGAGGAAAAGGAAAGGUUUAUUUUGGUAUGAAACAGCCAGUGAGCUCACAGCGUUCAAGGUAUACUGACGCCAUCAUACACAGCGGCGUGACUUCCUGCUCGAUGAUGUCAUAUUGCUGAGUGCACCUUUUAAGAUGUAGCUCUGCCAGGGUUGGUGGGUGGGUAGGACAGUGUCAGUAAGCAGCGCUUAUGUCAAGUCACCGUCACCCCCCCCCCCCCCCCUCAGACACUCAGAGCAGCAGAUAUUGUCACAUCCCGUUAAGAAUUACAGCAGUGAUGUGACUCAAUCAUCGGACCUUAAUACAUGUAGAAACUCAUAGAAAAGAUCAAUGUCUGAGAUCAAUGAGAUACAUUCCAGUAUUGAGACAUAUUCCAGAUACACAACAUGACCAAAAGUAUGUGGACACCUGCUCGUCGAACAUCUCGUUCCAAAAUCAUGGGCUUUAAUAUGGAGUUGGUCCCCCCUCUUUGCGGCUAUAACAGCCUCCACUCUUCUGGGAAGGAUUUCCACUAGAUGUUGGAACAUUGCUGCGGGGACUUGCUUCUAUUCAGCCACAAGAGCAUUGGUGAGGUCGGGCACUGAUGUUGGGCGAUUAGGCCUGGCUCGCAGUCAGCGUUCCAAAGGUGUUCGAUGGGGUUGAGGUCAGGGCUCUGUGCAGGGCAGUCAAGUUGGCGGUGCCGUUCUGUGAGUUUGUGUGGCCUACCACUUUGCCGCUGAGCCGUUGUUUCUCCUUGCAUGGCUGUGUGCUCGAUUUAAUACACCUGUCAGCAACGGAUGUGGCUGAAAUAGCCACUAAUUUGAAGGGGUGUCCACAUACUUUUGUAUAUAUAUAGUGCAUCUAUUAGUCCUAUUUCAAGUCAUUAGAGAUAAUCCAUUAACAGCAACAGAGUUCCAGUGUGAUUUGACGUUGGCGCUGCUUCCUCGGCAUUGUGAAGGCCCCCUGUGUGUGAGUCCUGGUACUACGCCUUAACACAAGCAGUAUAUACCCCCCCAUGCUCACUUCUGCUUUCUGUGUGAUGGACAGAGAGAGGAUGCAGGAAGACAAGGGGUGAUGGAGGGGAAAGAAGGGGGUUGUGGGAGGUGGGUAAUUCUAUUUGCUUUUUGACAUGUUUCUGGUGAUGUUGGUCUAUGUUAAUGUCGGUGCGUACAUAUUUUGUUCUCACAUUUUUUUGGGGGGGGCGGGUCUUUUUAUUUUCUUACCCCCCC